AUGGUAAUUACUUUACCUUCAAGAAAGCCAUCAAUUUGGCCAAAAUUCAGCGACAACAUCAAAAACUUUGGUGAUGUUAACCAUGAUGAAUGUGAAGCGAGGAAAAAGGUGUUUCUACCUGAUAAGACGCUGAAUUCUGAUAAGAGCUUAGUAUCGGAAGUUGAAGCAAGGAAGAAGAUAGAUUCCGUGAAGAAACGUGCAACUUUGAUGGAUUUGUACGAUAAAUACAAAGACAAGAAGUUAUCUAAAGUAAAUGAAGGUAGUCAAAAUGGAAGGUUUGAUAUUGGAAAUGGUAAUGGAUUUGAAUCUACAGGAGUGAGGAAUGGUGUUUGUGGAAGAAGUAAAACUCCAGUUCAUUUUGAAGGUAUUGGCGAGAGUAUGCCUUUAAAAUCAGAAGGCUCGGAAAACAAAAUCAAUAGUUUUCUACGAAAAACAUCGAAAGUCAAUACAACUUCACCUAAAAUUUAUCGAAGCAAUUCGAAAACCAACGGAUUAUCAGUAAAACUUACUAGAACUUCUUCAAAACUUGGUUUAUCAUCUAAAAUCAACCGAAACCCAUCAAAAGUUAUUGGAAUGUCACCAAAGAUUGACCGAAGCUUAUCAAAGCUAAACUCUAGUUCAACUAAACUCAACUACAAAAGUCCAAGAACGGUGUCUCGAACAUUGUCUUCACGUUCAAGCUUCAAAAAGUCGCCGGGAAUGAGUUCACAGCGCUACAAUCAACUUCGUGUGACUCAAUUGGGCCGCCGAUUGCCUAAAAGGGUGAGUUUGCAUUUUGUGCGAACGUUUCUGGAACGACGAGAACGCUUUUUAUCUUGGGAAUGUUUUGAGGAACGUUGCAAUUUUAUUGGGAAUGAGGUAGAGGUGUUAAUGGGCUUGAAAGUUUGUUAA